AAGACUGAUGGUGAUUCGACCCCCCCUCUUCUAGGAUCCGUGGGGAUCCCCUGAUCUUGGUUUUGUUGAAGAUACUGUCCAACGGGAUGUUUCUCCUGCUAUCCUAGUGACUCAGUCCAUUUUUGUAAGUGAUUUGGGGAAUUCAAAAACUGCGGCCAAUAAGGAUCUUGCCCUGCUCCUCGUUUAACAGAUGAGAAAUGUUUAGAGAAGCUAAAUAAUGUGGCCUCAGCGUGCUCAUCUGCAAAAACGUUAAUAAUCUCUGCUCGCCUACCUCCCAGGACUGUUAUGAGAAUUAAAUGAUAUAAAAGAAGUGAAAAGUCAGAAAUUCAAGGAGAGGGAUGCCACAGAGCACAAGGGCAGAAAUUCCUGGAGCAGCGCCUCCACCUGAAGGGCAUGUCUCUAGUGUCUGGGGCCACCUAAAGGUCAAAACUGAGAAUAACAGUUACAUUAACUUUUGCCGCCUGCAUUGUGACGCACACCUUCCAUGCCUUAUUCCAUGUAGUUCUCACAACAGCCUGAAGGGGACAGGUUUCCUGAGCCUCAUUUUACAGAGGAGGAAAUCCGGGCUUGGUGACAUUGAUAAACUUGCUUGUGAUGUCAGUUUUCUGGUGGCAGAGCCUGUAUUUACACCCAGGCUAUCUGACUCCACAGCCCCUGCCUUUAGCUGCUCUGCUCUGGAGCCUGAAGGGGAGAAGGUGUGGGUUUUCACCAAAAUGAGGGAAAGACAGAAGACAGAGGAGAAGGGCUCUCCAGCUGAGGCCUACAGACUGAUGUGCUCCCUGGCCAGUGCUCCUCCAGGUCCCAAGACCACAAUAAGCAGAAGAUGCAGACCCCAAAUGAAGACCUCUCAAGUUUCUUCCCAGAGCAUCUGGCCCUGGCCACAUGGAGGACUUAGCUGGGCCUCAAUGGCCUCAGGGGGCCAUACCAUAACUGCCCUUCUCUGGGGUCAGGGAUGGAAUCAACUAAGAAGAGAUGGCAAAAGGGUACUGGAUAGGGGUGGGGCAAGACUAAAGUAAGAUUGAAAAAAAAAAAAACAAGUACCAUUAGAUACAUCCACACAGCAGAUCGUUUGACUUGGAAAA